CUAUUUUUUUUUUACAAGUAAAGCAUAAGGCAGUAUAGUAGUUAGUGCCUCGUUCAACAAUGCAGACCAGGAGGAGACAUCAUCAAGAAUGGCGCAUUUUCUUUCUGAUCAUCCUGGCGAAUGGUGCAUUGUGCGAUGUUCCGUGCGGAAAAAGCAACAUCACCCUCAGCAUCUCAACACAGACUUCAGAAACACUGACUUCGCCUUAUUACCCAAACAACUAUCCCGCCAAUGCCCGGUGCAUUUGGUACAUCACAGUUGAUGAAGGCUCCACGAUAGCCUUCCGUUUCUCUGUGUUCAAUACGGAGCGAAAAUGGGACACGUUGACCAUUGGCAACAGCCACGAGUCCUCCGAUGGUGACUCUGUUAUUGGACUUUUUAGCAGUUCCCUGACGAGUCUAGCCGUCAUUUCCAAUAACCACACGGCAUGGAUGGAGUUUACCAGCGAUUCUUCGGUAACCAAGAUCGGAUUUGAGGUAAAGAUCACUCAAGAAAGCUAUGAAGGUGAGUAG